AUGAGAGGCAAUCAAAAAUAAUAAUAAUAAGUUCCAAUACCAACUUAUCCAUUUCCUUAUUCAUUUUGGUCAUAUAAUAAUUUUGAAACUAAAGAGUUGGAAACUUACCUCUCAUCUUAAUCCCAAACUUUAUAAACAUAAAUUCCAAAAACAUGCAUUUAAGAUGGAUAUUAAUAAUUAUGUAAAAUUUUAAAUUAAUAUCCACAUCCUUUAUUACAUGCCAAACAAACCAAAUAAUAACAACCAAUUACUAAUUUACUUGGUGAAUAAUCAAUUGAUAGCAUUAAAAAUACUUCAGAAAUUACAUAAUUUUUGGUAUUUCAAAAUACUCAAAUUGAUGCAAUCACAUUAACUUUACUCUAAUUUUUAUGGCCUCUUUAUUAAAAUCUAAAUGUCUUUAAAUUAUACAAUAUUAAAUUUUCUGAAACUGAAAUGGAAAUUUUAUAAAAAAUAAUUGAAAAUAACAAACUUAUUAAAUUAUUUAUAGAAUAUACUAAUAUAAUACCUCAAAUAAAUUGUCCAACACUUACAUAAAUAUAUUUAAGAGGAAAUUAAAUAACUUAAUCAAAAUUAAAUCAAAUAUUUUAACCAGGUUCUUUUUAGGCUUUAUAAGUUAUAGAGUUAAGUGAUAAUCCUCUUGGAAAAGAAUGUAUAUAAUUUAAAUUUAUUAAAGCUAUUUAAAUCUUGGCUAAUUUUAUGAGUAAAAAGAAUAGUAUUUAAUAUAUUGGAUUAUCAAGAUGUGAAAUAGCAGCUUGGGAGGAUUUAAAACCUCUUAUAGAAACUAUAGGACCUGAAAAAUUAAAUGAAGCAAAAUUAUAGGCUUAUAGAGAAUUAGAAGAAAAGAGGGAUAAAUAAAUUAAAGAUUAAUUGAAAGCUAAAAAGAAAGAAGUUGUUACUGAGAUUGAAUUAGAACCAUUAAUAUAAAAUACAGAUGGAAGUAAUAUUCAUUUUUUAAAAUAUAGGUUAUUCAAUUAUACAUAAUUAAUAAUUACAAAUUCUAUUUUUGGCUGUCAAUCCAUUCAAAGAUAGUGAUAAAGAUUAAAUUGAAAGAUUUAUUUAAGCAAAUCCAAAUGUUUAUGUUGUGUUACAAGGAUGUUCAUUUGAAACUAAAACAAAAGAGAGACUCAAAAAACGCUACAAUAAUAUAAUAUUUUGA